UACUUCAAAAUGAUGAGCCUCAUCUCUCAGUCUGACCACAGGACAGCAUUCAAAAAUUGGUGUUUUUUGGUAACAAUAUAGUUGUUGGUGAAUUGGAUGAAAGCCGAAUAUUGAGUAAUUAUUAUUGACUUAUUGUCGACAGAUGAGAAGUCCAGUCAGUGGCUUAUUUAUCAGCACUAUAAUGUACUUACAGUGUACUUCAACCUCAUUUUAUUCUGCCCACAGAGGAGGAGAAAGCAUUAAAAGUUGGUAUUUUUUCGGUAAUAAAAUACUUGUUGGUGUAUUUGGAUACAAGCCGAAUUUGAGUAUUUAUUGUUAACAGAUGAAACAUCGAAUGAAAGUCUUAUUAUCUUAUAUAUUAUCUUCACUAACAGACGAUCAAACAUGAAGCUUCGGGUUUAGUGAGUGUAGUUUGGCGUCCGGCCCGUUACACACUGGACGUCAUGUGUGCUGCAGGUUACAUCCAGCUGUUGCACUUGCGCGCAUCGUUACCUUUAAGAUGCGAAGGGAUAAAGCCUUGUUUUAGCUAAACUCGACACCAUUUUAGCGAAGAGUUUGCUGCGUCCGGUGAGCGCGCGCCGGAUGAACGGUGGUUUUUUUUUUUUUUAUGGGGGAAGUACCGGCGAUUUUUUUUUUUUUUUGCCUCUGUCGCGGAGUGUUUGGGAUUAACGGCUGAGCUGAUUCUGUAAAUGUCGGAUUCGAUUAUCUGUCGGCCUACAGAGAAGCAGCGGCGGCGGCGGGGGCGCGAGGGGGCGCGAGGGACGGCACGAGACGAGACGGGGUCCGCGAGGAGGGUGCACGCACGAAAUACUUUCCCUUUAAAGCGGAGAGGGACAGAGGGGGUGAAGACGAGAUAAAAAAAGAAAGGGAAGAAAGACGGAGAGGGAGGGAGGGUGAGAGAGAGAGAGAGGGAGAGGGAGAGGGAGAGGGCUUUUAAAAAAAAGAGAAAGAUGGCAUCCUGUCGAUUGAAACACCGAGGCGGAGCCAUGGACCGCGGCCGACCAGGAGCCCUCUAGUUAGGGGACGAGCUGUACGCAACGCCGAGGCUUGGGACCCGACGCUGCGGCCUUUUUACGGAGCUAUCGCAAAUAAAUGACUCCCGAACCGCUGCUGACUAUGAUUAGCACGUCUCGACUAUUCAUCUUCUGUAUACAAAUAAUCUCUAUUUUGCAUGCAAUUCACCAAUUUUUAUUACAGUAGACAUAAGCAAAUGAUAUUAAAGAAACGCACCAUUAAAGCAAGCAUGAUACUUGUCGCAUUUACAUCAUCAUCUUGUCAGUGCCUGUAUAUCGCCAACAGACUGCCAUAUUAAGUCAUAGAAGCCUAAUCAUUAAAGCUAGAUAUCAUUACAUAGCUCCAUUAAUUAAUUAACCCGGACAGGUAGAGCAGAGCUGCGAUACAGGCCUCAGAUUUCUUGUUUUCAUAGCAGCAGUUGGAGCAUUUCUUCCUCCUCCUCCCUCCCCUCUUUGGUCCCAGCCCGGUUAGCUUUCAGUCCUCACAGGGAUCAGGAUGGAUACCUCCUGGAGUAAUUUCCUCUUUCAGACGCCUCCGACUCAGAGCCAACCUGAGACGCCUCUUCAGUCUGAGCUGCUGCCCGAGCUGACUGGCGCCGCUCAGAGCCCCCCGGCAGAGCACAUCGUGACGCCGCCGUCCACCGUCGACACCGCCGCCCUCAGCGAGGAACCGCUACCCGUCAAACCGCUCAGCAAGCCGAGCCGGCCCGCCCACAUCUGCGCCACCUGCAACAAGGAGUUCAAGAACAGCUACAACCUGCGGCGGCACCAGUCGGUGCACACGGGCAUCAAGAUGAAGGACCGAGCCGCCCGCGAGAAGGAGGACGGAGGGAAGGGAGGACGGGUGGAGAAGCAGACGGUCCCGCUCUCCCUCCUCCACCUCACCCUGCCCCCGCAGCCUCCUCCUCCCCCUCCCCCCGCCGCCCAGACCGCCCCGGACACCCUCCCCCAGCCCGGUCAGCACGUCAACCAAGAGAGCCAGUCGGUGUCUGUGUCCAUCGCCCCGGCAACUGUAACCAUGGCUGCGCCGCCUCAACCCAUCCCGGCAGCUGUUGUUGUUGUGGGCUCCAUGGAGCAGAACCCUAAUCCCAAUCCUAAUCCCAACGCCAACCAGGUGAGGAAGAACCACGCCUGCGAGGCUUGCGGGAAGGCCUUCAGAGACGUCUAUCACCUCAACCGCCACCGGCUGUCGCACUCGGACGAGAAGCCCUACUCCUGCCCCAUCUGCCAGCAGCGCUUCAAGAGGAAAGACAGGAUGAGCUACCACGUCCGCUCGCACCAAGGCGGCGUGGAGAAACCUUACGUCUGUCCGCACUGCGCCAAGGCCUUCUCCCGACCGGAUCACCUCAACAGUCACGUCCGACAGGUUCACUCUACAGAGAGACCCUUCAAGUGCACGACGUGCACGUCCGCGUUCGCCACGCGGGAUCGUCUCCGUGCUCAUCUGAUCCGUCACGAGGAGAAGGUGCCGUGUCACAUCUGUGGGAAGCUGCUGUCUGCCGCUUACAUCACCGACCACAUGAGGGUCCACAACCAGUCGCAGCACCACGCCUGCCACCUCUGCAACCGCAGCUUCACCACCCUCACCUACCUGCGCGUCCACGCUCAGAAGCAUCACGGCCAGGAGUGGAAGGAGAGCGGCGGGGCGCGGGGGGGCUUCGGUGGGACGGGCGCCGGAGGAGUGCUGCUCUGCCAGCUGUGCGGGGUGCAGUGCAAGACGGCCACGCAGCUCCAGGGUCACAUGGGCACCCACGCCAACCAGAGCGAUCCCAACCCCGACCAGACGAGCGUGGGCCCCGUCGGCACCACCAGCGUGGCCGUCACCGUGUCCAGCGCCAGCACAGUGGGACUGUUGGUUACUGACUGCUCCAGUAUCGCCCCCCAGCCCCACAGCUAGCACGCUGGGAGGGGGCGAGGGAGGAGCC